CUUUGACAGCGACAGUCUGGAUCAGUGUGUCGGAGUCUGGGGUCUUUAUCUGUGGCUGUAACACAAAGGCUCUCUGGCCUUGAGUACCAAUUGCCUGGGUGCCUCCACUCUGUGGAGAAACAGCUCUACACAGAGGUGCUACAUAAGGCUGGAAAAAGGUCUUCGAACUUCUACAAUGUUUCGCCUGAAGGAUGGACGAUGCUGUAAAAUGCCACUUGGGACCAUCUGUGUCUUUCUUUUUCAUCACUCUAUUUUUUUCUUUCACUUAGCACACUUUUGUGGAGGUGUGUCUCAGGUGGUUGGUCCAUCUGACCCAGUUGUGGCAAUAGUUGGUGAUGACACUGUCUUACCGUGUCAUCUGGAUCCUGCUGUGAAUGCUGCCGAUAUGACAGUAGAGUGGACAAGAUCCGACCUCACACCCAGAUUUGUCCAUGUUUGGCGUGACGGUGUGGAGCUCGUGAAUAAAAAAAAUGAAGCCUACAUGGAAAGAACGUCACUACCCAUUAACAACCUGAAGCUCGGAGACAUUUCAUUAAAACUCUCCAAAGUGAAACUGUCAGAUAGGGGAUCAUACAAAUGCUUCAGUCCUGCACUUAGUGGACAAGCCAGUGUUGAGCUUGUUGUUGGUGUAGUUUCAUCACUUAUCAUCACUGUAAUGGGAAAUAGUGAGGACAGCAGUAAAGUAGUGUUGCAGUGUGAGUCUGCAGGCUGGUAUCCAGAGCCUGAGCUGCUGUGGUUGGACGGUGAGGGAAACCUCCUCUCUGCUGGACCUACAGAGACCCUCAGAGGUCCUGAUGACCUCUAUACUGUCAGCAGCAGAGUGACUGUGGAGAAGAGACACAGCAACAACAUCACCUGCAGAGUCCAACAGAGGAACACCAACCAGAGCAGAGAGACACACAUACAUGUUCCUGGUGAUUUAUUUAACUCUUCAUGUAGUUCUGCUGGUCACAUCGCCAUAAGUGUAGUUGUGAUAGUCCUGCUUAUUCUUGCAGUUGUCUUUGUUGUGUGGAAAUAUCGUUCCAAAUGUCAAGACAGAAACACAAGAACUGAUCAGGUCUUCACUGAGGAGAGAACAGAAACACAUCAUCUCACAAAAGAUGUUGACACUGUCGACUUUAAUAUAGAUCAAGAAAACAUCAAUGCUCGGAUUAAAAAAGAAGAGAAAGACAAAACUGAAUUGAUAGUGGUGGUUCAAUUUUUAAUGGCUCAUAAAUAUGAUUUAGACAAUGAUAUUCAUGAACUUAAAAAGACACUGCGUGAUCUACAGAAACAGCAAAAUGAAAAUCAGAGUCGGCUGGUAAAAAAUAAUAAAAAACCGGCAGACCAAGAAAGCCUAAAAUUUGACAAAAUAAAUGAAGAAGAGACAACUAAUUUUAAAACAAUGAAGAAAAACAUUGAAAAAGAAAUAGAUGAAAAGGAAACACAAAUAAAUUCAGUAUCGUAUGUGGUUGAUGUAAUCGCAAAGAAGAAGAAUGAGUUAGAAGAUACUAUAAAGAAAACUCAAACACAGAGGGAGAAUUCAGAGGCAUAAAUGUAAACCUUAACAAACACUGAUAAAUGUCUGCUUAAAUUAAUAAUGUCACAGUUCAAAAAGUAACACAUUUACAGUCUCUAACAUUGAAACAAGUACUACAGGACAUAUUACAUGAAUGAAAGCAAAUCCACAACAGCAGCUAAAGUAAAGACAAGAUGUGUCUGCAAAGGUUCUCAGUCAUCCAGGUCAUUGUAGUCUAAGGAGCUUGGAAAGAAAAGCGUCUGGACUUCUUGAAGUUGCUUGAAGAUGUUUCAGUCUUCAAGCAGAGGAGUAAAAGAGGCCAUUUACGUCCACUGUGAGCGACCAUCUUUGAACAGAGGCGGUGGUUUACGACACCAACUGUCUGCCAUCUAUAAUCCAAUUUUGAGAUCCCUUCCCAGACCCCUUAAUGCCCACUCAC